GGUUUCGGUCAAAUUGGGAUGAAUUCAAAUUUGCCCCAAGUACAAGGAACUGGGGUGGGACCAUCACAAGGGCAAGGAGCAAAUGAGGGUCAGCCACAACAUGCUCUGCCACCUCAGGGUAACCAAGGUCAAAAUCAAUUUCAGGGACAAGGACAUGGUCAAGGACGCGGUAUGGGUAGAAAUGUAGGAAGAGGAAAUGGCCAUGGAGGAAGAGGAUUCAGAGGACAAGGAAAUGGCGGACAAGGUGGGAGUUGGGGACCUCAGGGAGGUGCGCAGUCUGGGAAUUACAAUCAGGAGAUCUGAGUUUACGUGUGGAGAAGUGAAGGAGCUGUUGGACGAUCUUGGAGUUAUUGCCAAGUAUACGACCAGGGCACAUCCUCAGGCAAAUGCACCUGUUGAAAGGAGACACAGUACUAUCACUAAUUUGCUGGCAAAGUGGACAGCUGGGAAGCCAAACCUGUGGCCGAAGUUCCUUCGAACAGUGUUCUUUGUUGAGAAUAUUACAUUCAAAAGAACCACAGGUUAUGCCCCUGCAACCUUGUGGUAUGGAAGGCAUGUCACGUUUCCGAUAGAAAGUUUCUUGAAGACGUGGCGAAGACAGGGAAUUGAGAAUGAUAUGCCUCUGGAGGACUCGGAGUUACUUGACAUCAGAGCUAGGCAGGCCUAUCCCUUGGAGGUACAGCGGCAGAAGAGGAAACAACUGCUUCGGGAACAGAGAUUGUGGAUUGGCAAGAGAGGAGAGGGGAUGGGGAGAAAAGCUCAGAAGGAGAAUGGGGGAGACGACAUAUCUCCUCCACGGGACGGUGGCGAGGCGAGGGCUCUAGGUGGAGAUGGCUCAAUGAGGAAAGGCAAAACACGAAAGGAGGAGCGCAGUGAGAAGGAAGUGGAAGGCAGUGACAUGACUCGAAAGGUAAAGAAGGGAAGUGGAAAAAUGAAGGAAGGAAAAGAAAAGGGAAAGAAUGAUGAGAAAAUUGAAGAAGCAGGACUAUCUGGAACUGCUGAAGUACCUACUUCCGAUGAACCUCUAAGAGAACAGAGUUCAAGAAAAUUGAUAGAAGAAGAAAGGCAGAGGAGAGAGGAAGAUAACAAGGAAUGGAGGAAUCAAGUUGUGGCUUCGUUAAACGAGAAGGAGUUGCCUUCAGACGCGCCCUAGAACCUGAAGCUGGAAAGGGUAUUACUCUCUGAGAUUGUGGUCAGUUCCAAGCUAGCCUUUGAUGUAAACAGAUUGAUCCGGUUGCAUGAACUGCUCAGGGAAGAUUGUGAAUGGCUCCUUGAGGGGGAGGCAGAAGUGACCGAUAAGUUGGGAAAAGUGGAGGAAGGAAGAAGAAGGGAAUUAGAGGUCCCCAUUCGGGAACUCUAGGACAGAAUAAGGGAAAAGACAGAGUUGCUCACGCAGGGGGUGGCGAGCCACAUCCCUGAAAUUCUGAAGGAGAUUAAUAGGUUGAGAGCAAGGGAAGAAAGAAGGGACAUGCAGUGGACAAAAAUGUAAAAGGAUAUGGAAAGUUUGAAGACUGAGGUGGAAAAGGUGAAGAUUGAGCAGGGAAAGCUGGAAGUUAAGGUAGAGACACUAAGUACCGCCCUUGACAGCAAGAGUAAAGAGGUGAAAACAAA